AUGAGCACCCUGACAUUGCUGGCUGUGCUGUUGUCGCUUCAAAAUUCAGCUCUUGCUGCUCAAGCUGAAACUGCAUCCCUAUAUCACCAAUGUGGUGGUGCAAACUGGGAGGGAGCAACCCAGUGUAUUUCUGGUGCCUACUGUCAAUCGCAGAACCCAUACUACUAUCAAUGUGUUGCUACUUCUUGGGGUUACUACACUAACACCUCAAUCUCUUCGACGGCCACCCUUCCUUCUUCUUCUACUACUGUCUCUCCAACCAGCAGUGUGGUGCCCACUGGCUUGGUGUCCCCAUUGUAUGGGCAAUGUGGGGGACAGAAUUGGAAUGGAGCCACAUCUUGUGCUCAGGGAAGCUACUGCAAGUAUAUGAACAAUUAUUACUUCCAAUGUGUUCCUGAAGCUGAUGGAAACCCUGCAGAAAUUAGCACUUUUUCCGAGAAUGGAGAGAUUAUCGUUACUGCAAUCGAAGCUCCUACAUGGGCUCAAUGUGGUGGUCAUGGCUACUACGGCCCAACUAAAUGUCAAGUGGGAACAUCAUGCCGUGAAUUAAACGCUUGGUAUUAUCAGUGUAUCCCAGACGAUCACACCGAUGCCUCUACUACCACUUUGGAUCCUACUUCCAGUUUUGUGAGUACGACAUCAUUAUCGACUCUUCCAGCUUCUUCAGAAACGACAAUUGUAACUCCUACCUCAAUUGCUGCUGAGCAAGUACCUCUUUGGGGACAAUGUGGAGGAAUUGGUUACACUGGCUCUACGAUUUGUGAGCAGGGAUCGUGUGUUUACUUGAACGAUUGGUACUAUCAGUGUCUAAUAAGUGAUCAAGGUACAGCAUCAACUACCAGUGCAACGACUAGUAUAACUUCCUUCAAUGUUUCAUCGUCGUCAGAAACGACGGUAAUAGCCCCUACCUCAAUUUCUACUGAGGAUGUCCCACUUUGGGGCCAAUGUGGAGGAAUUGGAUAUACCGGUUCGACCACUUGUAGCCAGGGAUCAUGCGUUUACUUAAAUGACUGGUAUUUUCAAUGUUUACCAGAGGAGGAAACGACUUCAUCAACUUCGUCAUCUUCCUCAUCUUCCUCAUCUUCCACAUCUUCCGCAUCUUCCACAUCUUCCACAUCAUCCACAUCCUCCACAUCCUCCACAUCUUCCUCAACAAGUAGCUCAUCCAUUCCGACUUCUACAAGCUCAUCGGGAGACUUUGAGACAAUCCCCAACGGUUUCUCGGGAACUGGAAGAACCACGAGAUAUUGGGAUUGUUGUAAGCCAAGCUGCUCAUGGCCUGGGAAAUCCAACAGCGUAACAGGACCAGUGAGAUCUUGUGGUGUUUCUGGCAACGUCCUGGACGCCAACGCCCAAAGUGGAUGUAUUGGUGGUGAAGCUUUCACUUGUGAUGAGCAACAACCUUGGUCCAUCAAUGACGACCUAGCCUAUGGUUUUGCCGCAGCAAGCCUAGCUGGUGGAUCUGAGGAUUCCUCUUGCUGCACCUGUAUGAAGCUGACAUUCACCUCAUCUUCCAUUGCUGGAAAGACAAUGAUCGUUCAACUGACCAAUACUGGAGCUGAUCUUGGAUCGAAUCACUUUGACAUUGCUCUUCCUGGUGGAGGGCUUGGAAUCUUCACCGAAGGAUGCUCUAGUCAAUUUGGAAGCGGUUACCAAUGGGGUAACCAGUAUGGUGGUAUCUCUUCGCUUGCUGAGUGUGAUGGCCUACCAUCAGAACUGCAGCCAGGCUGUCAGUUUAGAUUUGGCUGGUUUGAGAACGCUGAUAACCCUUCAGUGGAGUUUGAACAGGUUUCAUGUCCUCCGGAAAUCACUUCUAUCACCGGCUGUGCUCGUACGGACGAAUAA